GGUAUCGAGUAGGGCUUCCACUGUCCAGUAGUGCGUCCUCUGCGGUAAAGAGCACGUCCGUGUUUACCGAAAAUUCGGCAAAUUUCGGCGACCCAAAAAUUUACAUAAACGAAGAGAAGAAGACCAACCCCUCUCCAGCCCCGAGUGCCUGCCGAUACUACGUGACAACCCCCCAAAGCAGUGCCGCCCCGACUACCGCGACGUCUUCGUAGUUAAGAGUGCCUUCGAAUUUUUGGGAUUCGCUUUUCGAAAAAAUCAGUGUUCGAUGUACCGGAAAACAGUGCGUUGAUGGGUUGACCCAGAGCGAGCACCAGAAGAACUGCUCGAGGACUUAAACCAAUGACACCAUAACACACUUAUAAAUAAUUAUUUGUGUUACAAAACAAAAACGUAUCGAGUGGUCAAAAAUCGUUGGGAUGUAUUUUCGGAAGAAAACGAGGAUCCUGCACAAGCCGAAACGGUGAUAACAGGAUUAUUUUCUAUUCACAACAUACAACUAACCUAAAUUGAGUGACACUUGUUCGGACGCAAAAACAAUAGACUACAAACGGAUGUGCAUAGUGUGUUCUCACUUGUUGCGGAUAUACAUCAGUGACCUAUUUUUGUUUUACUAAUAUUGGAAUUUACUUGUUUUGAUCCGAGCUGGACCAUGCGGUCGCCCCAAUUUCCUUGCCGCGUCCACUAGACCACCCAGGUCCAACCAUCCCGCGGCCAUCGUCGUCAAAUGGCAACAAUGAAAUAUCCAAACGUAUCUGGUGGACCCAAUAUGGCAGUCAGCGGCAAUGGCUCACACGUUGACGAAGUUGACUCUUUGUUCAGUUCCUCAUGUUGGCAGAACUCCAACAUGAACCUCCAAAAUGAUUUUAUAGACACCCAUUCCUUGACUCUCGACAGCUCAAUGAGCAACUUGGGGGCCGACAAACUCCUUCUAGAUUCGCCCAUUAGUCAAGAUGAGAACGAAAUAGAGACCGACGCUUUAGACAAACUAUUCUUAAGUUCCCAGCCCACGAACUCUAGUUUAGCCGAGUUGAAACCUCUGCCCCCGUUCACGAAUUACACCGCCAAUCUUAGCAUCAAUGGGAUCCAGGGUCACCAUUACCACACGAUAUCCCAGCGGAUCCCUGAGGAGAACAACAAUAGUUAUAGUAGUUACAACGAACAGAACAUUGUGUCGAGUUCGACAUGUAACGUGAGUGCGGACUCGGCGGGUGACUGUGCUAAGACAAUGUAUUCAGUGGACGAUGUGGUCAAAUUGAGUUACACGGACUGUGCAAACCCGGACUCAGUGUCUAGUGCAAAAAUGUACGAGGACUGCAGCCACCCGAACGCUGACUCGGUGACGCACAUCAAGACGGAGAUCGCCGAGUACGACAUCUCGAUAGACUUCGCGAAUAUUAUUGGCUCGGCGAUGGCCGACACCACCGUACCGAGCACGAACCAAGAAGGGGAAGACCCGACGGGGUCGAGGGACAGUUGGAUGGACAUCGACGCCUUCAUCGGGGAGACCUGCAGCGAGCAGAAGAACCUCAUCAUCACGCAGGACGGCUUAUCGGAGUUCGUAAUACCGUCGACGAGCGCAGAGUAUACCAAGCCCCAGCAGAUGCAGCCCCAGCAGGGAGGGUCCACGCUGCAGACGCUUCUUACGCACGGUUACAUGCCGCUGCUGCAGAACCGCCUCCAGAACGGGCCGCCCAUCAAGCAGGAGGCUCCUAGUUCGACGAACUUCGGUAGCGACCUGAUUACCACCUCCAGCCCGCCCGCCAACGUGGUGUCCACCACCGACAACUUGUUACUGACGGUGAAUGGUCGUUUCAUGCCCCCGUACGGGGUCCACGGGAUAGACCAGGACCACCGGAUCCGGAGUCCGGAUUUGCUCGGCCAGAACUACCCGCAUACCACCACGACCAACACCCCCAACGCCCCUAAGAAGUCGCGGAGUCGGGCGCAGAAGAAGCAGCAGCAGCAGGCUAGCUCGACGGUGUUUCAGAACGAGCAAAACCUGGGUUUGCUGGGUAAAGAGAAGCCGGUUCAUAGAUGUAGUAUCUGUAAUCGGGGAUUCCUCAAUAAAUCUAACAUUAAGGUGCAUUUGCGGACUCACACGGGGGAGAAACCUUUUAGAUGCGACACUUGCGCAAAGGCCUUUAGGCAGAAAGCACACCUACUAAAACAUCAACAAAUACAUAAGAGGAUCGGACGCGAUUGAGUCUUGUCUUUCAAAUGGCGAUGUGUUGUUCGAGCUUGCGAAGGUAAGAAGUAUUGUUUUUCCUUCUCGCAUGACAUCACGUAAACCCUUCGGGGGCGAUUACGCUGAUGUCAUCCGAUUGUUUGUUGAGCCUCCGCAAUUCAGGAACAAGAAAAACAACACUUCUCCGGCUUCGCGAACAUAUGUCGGGCCAAUGAGCAAAAAUAGUAAACCACUCUGGUUUUUCAGUUCUUGCCAUUUCUUCAGAUUUGAGUUGCUUCACAACUUGAGUGGUUUUGACGUAAAAACAAUACGACGUGACACCGUUCCACUUUACCAUGCCCUCUGCCGGUACACGAUUUAACCUUAAGGUGUGCUACUAUGCUAAAGCUUCGAGUUCACAAACACGGUUUUUGAUUUGGUUUAUUUUUUGCGUGAUUUUUUAAGAAAUGCGGUUCUAAAUUUAGGAACGUAUGAUCGAAGGUGGUGUCUCUUGCAAGCGAGAGGGAUAUUAAUAAGGUAACAAAGGGUGACCUCGCUAACAAGAGGGGACACUUGAUUUUUUUUUGUAGAAAUUUGUAGGUAUUCGGUUAAUUUUAAGUACUUUGUGUUCAUGGAGAAUCAAAUAUUUUUGCUGAUUGGCCGUUAAUUCCAAACGUGCUAUAAAAAAGGUACCUCAUAUUUUAAAAAAUGUAUAUUCCUAUUAAAUGGACAACGUGCAAUUUCAUCUAGUGAGUCGGUGCAAACAACAACGAACCUAAAUCUAUUCUUCCUCCACAUUAUAGUAGUAUCAUAAUGUAGACGAAACUCGAUUUAUAGGAAUAUCACAGUUUACUUUUUGGUGGCUUCCUUUUGUCCUAUUUUUAUUAUUUAUUUAUUGCGGAUUGUUUGUGGUAUAUGUUUUUUAUUUAUUAAAACUCGUAUUAUAAUGUCUACCUUUUCCUGUGUAACCCCCCUUGUCUUUUUUCACACUCUAUUUAUUUACGUUAGUUUUAUUUGUUAUUUUCUCGUUCCGUUUAUAUAUUCGCAUGGUUGGUUGAUGUGAAAAAUUAUUUAAGAAUUCUCAGGUUUCUCCUUUAAUACACUUCUUGUGAUACAAAAAUAAAAUACUUAAUAUUUAAGUAAGAAAUUAAGUAUUUGUAUUUUUACAAAAUAUUUAAUUGUAUCGUGUAAAUCUUUUAUUGAUUGUACCUAGGAAACUAUUUUGUAAGGCAGACAUCCCCUACAACGAAUCCUAUUGUAAAUUUUGUAAUUAUAUAGAACCUCUUGUCUUGUAUAUUAUUGCUCGUUGCUUCUGCCUUCUUUAUACAAAGAAAAAAUCCUUUCCUGACCAACGUUAUUAUAGAUCUCAGUAUUCUAACACGAAAAGUUGCUUUGCACCUAGCAAUUGUGAUUUCAAGUUUGAAAAGUCGCAUCAGUCGUAGUAGUACAUCCACGGAAGCUUAAGCCACCAUAAAACUCCAAAGGCCAACCCUCAACCACGUAAACGUGGUUAAUUGUUGGCAGAACGACUUUUAUGCACGCUAAGGUUUCGCGAAUAUACUACGCAACCUCCCCUAGAUCGGCCAUUAGGCUUCCCCCACCCCAGCGAUGUUGUCACUAUGUCUGGUCACUGCAACCCGGACGUAGUUCUGGAAGUUGAAAGUUAAAAAAAUAGUUUGAUUAUGUGAUAAUAAUCAGAAGUAUAAAUAUUGUAAUUUAUAAAUAACACUUAGCAAUCGCUUGACGACAAAUAAAUUUUGUAUGUAUUUAGGAAUAAGUGCAGUAAACAAAUAAUUUUAAGUAGCCCAUGUAGACAUUUAAAUUAAAUAUUGUUAUAUAUUGUUGUUGUUAUGUUUAAAAGCAUGUUGUAUU